GGGGCGGGCACUUGGGCAUUAUCAGCCAAGGACGGAACCUCGUACGAUUGCAGCCGUGACUAGAAAACUCAGUCUGGUUGGUGAAAUCUCCUUAGAUAGUAGUACUUGGCGAGUGACGCUACAGUGCAAGAAUGUGGCAGCGAGUUGUCCAGUCAGUUCGAAAAGGAAGUGGGCUGUGUCUCCACGCAGGAUCGCGAUCUACGGGGAAGAGAUGCAUCAGCACACAACAGAUUAUAGAAAGGGAAGAGAAAUUCGGUGCCCACAACUACCAUCCGCUUCCAGUGGCUCUCGAGCGCGCUCAAGGGGUGUUUGUGUGGGACGUCGAGGGGAAGCGUUAUUACGACUUCCUGAGCGCCUACUCGGCCGUCAACCAGGGCCACUGCCACCCCAAAAUCGUCGCUGCCCUGGUGGAACAGUCGCAGAAACUAAGUCUGACAUCCCGGGCCUUCCACAAUGACGUCCUUGGCGAGUACGAAGAAUUCGCUACCUCCCUCUUCGGAUACGACAAACUCCUUCCCAUGAACACAGGUGUCGAGGGGGGCGAGACGGCGUGCAAGUUAGCCCGCAAGUGGGGCUACAUGGUGAAGGGGAUACCCAAAAAUGAAGCCAAGAUCGUCUUUGCUCAGAACAACUUCUGGGGUCGAACCCUGGCGGCUGUUUCCAGUUCGUCCGACCCGACGGCCUACGAGAAUUACGGGCCUUUCAUGCCCGGGUUCUCUCUCGUGCCCUACAACGAUUUGAAGGCCCUCGAGGAGGCUGUGUCGGAUCCCACGGUAGCUGCUUUCAUGGUGGAACCCAUCCAAGGCGAGGCAGGGGUGGUGGUGCCAGACGAAGGAUACCUGAAAGGUGUGAGAGACAUCUGCACCAAGCACAACGUCCUUUGGAUCGCCGACGAAGUCCAGACUGGCCUGGCAAGAACCGGCAGAAGGCUGGCGGUGGACCACGAGGAAGUGAGACCAGACAUUGUGGUUCUCGGAAAAGCACUGUCGGGAGGAGUCUACCCGGUCUCGGCUUGCUUGGCAGACGACGAAAUCAUGAUGUGCAUCAAACCGGGAACGCACGGAUCUACGUACGGAGGCAACCCCGUGGCUUGCAGGGUUGGAAUGGCAGCCCUGAGAGUGCUGGAAGAAGAGAAACUGGCCGAGAACGCCCAGAAGAUGGGCUUGCUUUUGCGGUCUGAACUGAGCAAGCUUCCGAAAGACGUUGUGUCCAUAACGAGGGGAAAGGGUCUUCUGAAUGCUAUCGUUAUUAAUGAAAGGUACGACGCGUGGGAGGUCUGUCUGCGCCUGAAGGAAAACGGCCUCCUGGCCAAACCCACCCACGGGGACAUCAUCCGUUUCGCCCCGCCCCUCGUCAUCACGGAAGAGCAGAUGCAGGAGUGCAUCCACAUCAUCAAGGAUACCAUCCUCUCCUUCUGAAAACCAUCCUCUCUCUCUCAAAGUCAUCCUCUCCUUUUAAAAACCAUCCUCUCUUUCUGAAAACCAUCCUCUCUCUCUCUCUCUCAAAGCCAUCCUCUCCAUUUAAAAAUCAUUCUCUCCUUCUGAAAACCAUCCUCUUGUUUUAAAACCGUCCUCUCCUUUUAAAAACCACCCUCUCCUUCUGAAAACCGUCCUCUCUUCCUCAAAGCCAUCCUCUCCUUUUAAAAGCCAUCCUCUCCUUCUAAAACCAUCCUCUCCUAAAAGCCCUCCUCUCCUAAAAACCAUCCUGUCCUUAAAACCAUCCUCUCCAUCUAAAAAACCAUCCUCUCCCCUUAAAAACCAUCCUCUCCCCUUAAAAACCAUCCUCUCCUCCUAAAAACCAUCCUCUCCCUAAAACCGAUUCCUCUCCUAAUUUAAACCCUUCCUUGUGCCUUCUUCCAGCGAUUCGUUGGAAAGUGCGGCUUUUGAACUGACAGUCACUUAGCAUCUUUUAACUCUUGUCUCUCUCUGCCUUUUCUAUGUACUGGGUAAAUGUUAACUAUAAUCGUAAUAUAUAAGUAAUCUAUGAGAUCUAUGAUUCCACGUGAAUAUAUGUCAACACAUCAGAAUUUUUGUUUAUUUUUAUACUGUAGUUAUUAUGACGGAAAUAUUGAUCAGUUUUCAUUUUGAUAUUCUCGUAUCAUUUCGCAUAUCUGCUUUUAUUGAUUGACGUCAGAGGUGAUAUGAGUCAAUGUGAUAUAGUGCAGGUACCCUGAUUUCAGUGUUUGUAACAGACGAUAGACGUGGAAGCCUUUACAAUAGAAAUGUUUUCACUUUUCCAGCAAUCUAUCGUGUAUCAUAGCAUAAUAUGGAUUGUACAGUGUACUGGUAGCCUAAUCUUUAGCCUACAACUGUACAGGUGCUAAGGACCUGUAGAUAAAAGUCUCCAGAUUUCAGACAUGAAUUUGUCGUUGUUAAAACCUUCUUGAUUACUCUGUUCAAGCUUGAAACUGCUACAUUUGCUUUGUUAAAUAAGGUCACUUUCAGUUACGAGACAGUGCCAUGUAUUCUUCUACAUUAUUACUGUAUUAUUACUGUGCUUAUGAAUAGUAUUAGAUUUUUUUUAUACGAGUGAAAUAGAUGUCUAAUGCUUGUAAA